AUGCAGUUCACCACCGUUCUUGCCCUCCUCUUCACCACAGUGUCCGCCCUGCCCGCCCUGGAAAUCGGCACGCUCCUUUUGAACCAGGAGCUGGCCGAGCGCACUGCAAUUGCGAACCGCGAGGCACUGCUGCGUGAUUUCCUCAACCGCGACGACACACUGGGCUCCGACCUCAUCCUGGCUAACAAGCACGGGCUUACAGGCAACGCCGUCGGCAUAACGAAUGAGCAGGCGGUGACUAUCCAGAACCAACUGAUUGCGCAGCGCAACCUGGAGGCCCCGGCUGCGCAGCAUGCAGUGGCCACAUUCGCGGCCCAGCCCGUUGUGGUGCAGACGCACGCGCCUGCGCCUAUUGUAGUGCAAACCCACGCGCCUGCACCUAUCGUGGUGCAGACACAAGAGGCUGCACCUGUGUUCCAGGUGCCCGAGACUGCUGCAAUCAUUGUCGAUACAAAGCCGCAUGCCAAAUCAGCCAGGCCGGUUUACCGCCAUCUUGCGCUGCACACUGCCAUUGCGCUUUAA